CUCUCUCUCUUUUUAGCAGCUACAUACAAGCCGGCCAUAUUAGAGAGAUGGAAAUAAAGCUUCCUUAAUGUUGUAUAUGUCUUUGAAGUAUAUCUGUGCAUAGUUUUUUUUAGCAUCUAACCAUUCCUUCCUUGUAGUCCUCGGCCCCUCAAAUCACGCUGUCCCCUAUAGCCCACCAGACCAACAUCUUAGUCUCUGAAAAUGCACAGAGAUGCCCGGCUACCUCGCCCUGCCUUCAGUCUCACGGGGCUCAGUCUCUUUUUCUCUUUGGUGCCACCAGGGCAGAGCAUGGAGGUCACAGUACCUACCACCCUCAAUGUCCUCAAUGGCUCUGAUGCCCGCCUGCCCUGCACCUUCAACUCCUGCUACACAGUGAACCACAAGCAAUUCUCCCUGAACUGGACUUACCAGGAGUGCAGGAACUGCUCCGAGGAGAUGUUCCUCCAGUUCCGCAUGAAGAUCAUUAACCUGAAGCUGGAGCGGUUCCGAGACCGCGUGGAGUUCUCUGGGAACCCCAGCAAGUACGACGUGUCAGUGACACUGAGAAACGUGCAGCUGGAUGACGAGGGCGUCUAUAACUGCUACAUCAUGAACCCGCCUGACCGCCACCGCGGCCACGGCAAGAUCUACCUGCAGGUCCUCAUGGAAGAGCCCCCCGAGCGGGACUCCACAGUGGCAGUGAUUGUGGGUGCCUCCGUGGGGGGCUUCCUGGCUGUGGUCAUCUUGGUGCUGAUGGUGGUCAAGUGCGUGAGGAGGAAAAAAGAGCAGAAGCUGAGCACGGAUGACCUGAAGACCGAAGAGGAGGGCAACGUGGAUGAUGGCGCCAAGUAGUGGGCCGCCACCCUGCAGCCUCCUGUGUCCUGUCUCCGCCCACUCUCCACCCUGUACAGUGACCUUGCCUGCCCUCUCUUGGUGUGCUUCCCUUGAACCAGGACCCCCAGGGCUGGCCUGGGCCCUACUGAACCCCACACUUCGUAUUCCCUGCCCUGCACCAAGAGUAACCACCUCUCUUCCAUGAAACCUGCCAUGGCUUCUGGGACGUGUGGGCCCUGGGGAGAGAGAAAAAGGACUCCAACCUGCUAGGCCCUGAGAGGAGGCAGGGGGCACGUGUGAGGGUCCCCAGAGGGAAGGGGGAGGAGGUGUGGCGGUGGUGGGGGACAGGCCCACUGUCCAGCCUGCCCAGCACUUGCUCUGGUGGUAGCUUCAGGAGGGACCUGGCAUGUUGGGAGGACUCUCCUGUGCUGACUUGAGCUGCCUCAUGAAGGUCUUGGGUGUGGCAUCCUAGCGGCCCCCAGUCCAGGGCAGCCCUGUCAAGCUGGGGGUGAGAAUGGCAGGUUCCUAAAAACUUUCUGGAGGGGGAGACAUGUUAAAGGGAUGACUGAGCAUCUCCAGGGCACUGGAGGAAACCCAGGGCUGAAGCCUUGGCCUUUGUUUCCAUUGCCAGCAGCCUCCCUGAAAACCUGAGUUUUCAGCUGCUGCUCAUCCCUCAGGACUGUUGCUGAGGACAGUGCUGGAGGUAGGGGUCCCAUUCCAUCACUGGUGCCCACUGACAGGAGGCUAGUUUCAGAGUCAGCUGAGGGACAGAGGCGUAAUUGUGCAGACUGCUCUCCCCCAGUGGGUGACCACCCCCACCUGGGCUGGGAGCAGGUAGAGAGGGGCUGCUUACUUUAAGGCUCUAGUUUGCACUUUCCCAUUUGCCCUCAGUGGGGUUCCAUCCUGCUGUUGGCUAGAGUGCAGGGAAGGGAAGGCCCAAGGCACUUGUGAGGGGAGGCCUUGGGGGCUCUGAGAGCUGCGGCCAGCCCUGUUCCAUCUGCAGCCAUGUUCCAUGUUCCCCUGCCCCUCGACUCCCUGUGAGGGGACAAAAGUCACAUCUGUGGGGAACAAACUUUCACUGCCACCGCACUCACAUUCUAAGGGAAUUGUUUAAGCCCGACAGAGGGAGAAAGAGACAGGAACUGCUGACUCAGAGAACACCACUUUGGAAGACCCUCAGAAAUCAACUAGCCAAGCCACUCCUACUACAGAUGGGGAAACUGAGGUUUCAACUGACAGACACCGAGGGUCCUGCCUUCUUCUCUGGAUCCUCCAUUUCCAGUCUGAAUCAACAGAGCCAUAGUUUUCCCUGUGAGGUGAGGGGUGGGUUCACCCAGCCCCAUUCCUCUCCCAGCAGCCCAGCCUUUCUGGGCCAGGACUGAGGCAGAGGAAGGGAGAGGGUGGGAAGGCUGCAGCAUAGCCCAGCCUUCCCAGAGCUCACCCCCAUGUCUGCCUCUGCUCAGGGAAUUAGGUGCCCAGGGUAGGGAAUAAGUCUGGGGACAAGGGGUGGAGACAGGACCAUGACAGUCUCAGGGACCAAUCCUGCCUCAGUUGACCAACUUGGGGCAAGAACAAUAGGGUAUGGGAGAUUCAGCUUAAUUCACUUCAAUAACCAUUUAUUGAGCAUCUGCUAUGUGCCAGGCACUGUGUCGGGUGCCAGGAUGCACUCAAAGCCAUAACAGAGUAGGGGACUGCCAGGUCAGCAUCGGAGGAACCAAGAUUAAUUUUGGGGUGCAUCUAAUUCCACCUCUGCAUCCGCUGCUUCCAGGGCUAGAGGUGGGGAAGAAAGAAGAGAUUCUAGAGUCUUGGCCCUGGGAAAGAAGAAAAGGAAGUGAAGGAGGCCAGGCAGAGGGGGGACGGGGGAGGGGAUGGGUGGCCCAGCCCGAUUUCACCUGGGGGAGGUGAGUCCAGCCCAUCUGGAAAUUCUAACUCAUCAGCUCAGUACCUAACUGCCAAUCAACACACUGCCAAUGGGGGUGGACUAAGCCGCCAGGAUGUCUGGAGCAGGUGGACACUGCCCAUCCUCCGUGCUGACCAGCUGGGGGCCAGGGGCCGAGAGGUGGGUGGUGGAUACCUCACAGUAGCUGAGACCAAGGGUGGUUGUAUACAUUUCUGCAGCUUGCCAAUUUUAUUUUUGGUCACUCCUUAAGUGCCCUCCUCUCCCAGGAUGAGUGAAGAUCUGUGAUGAUGUUGGGAACUUUUUCUUUUUCCAGGACUCAUGACAUUUAGGGGAAUUAUUUUCAAGAUUCCCUAGUUCAUUCCAAGAAGUUCUAUCUGUCCAUAAAGAAGCCUGGAACUUCUGGGGUCUUGUUCUUCUCUGCCCUGGCCGGAUGAGGUCCGAGGAAAGCAGUGGCUGCUCAUGGGCCUCAGGGCCGGGCAGAUGGGGCUGGGUCAGGAGCUGCCCAGGUACUAGCCCUGCCCUCAGAUGCACUUUCUUCUCAAGCCUCUAGAAUCUCCACCAGGGGUCUCACAGAGCUGCUUCACCCAGGGCAGUGAGGUUGGGAGCAAGAUGGGGCUUCUGUGAGUAGAGGUGGAAAACUGGUGAGAUAUUUCCACAACAGCCAUUUCUCUACCCUGCUUUCUAACUAACAUAUGCUGACAAGUCGUUCCUAUUCCUGCACUGGGGGGGGUUGAGCCCCACUCCUGGCUGCACGUCCUUACCACUAUGCUGUGCUGGUUUCACUCUGCUGGCUUUACCCACCACCCCUGCGUCCCCUGCUCGCUCAGAACCCUCCCAUCUGCCUCCUCCUAAUUAAGGGCCACUGCACAGAGAGACAGGCUGGCUAACCCACGGGAUUUAGCUUUUAAGAACAAAGCACAAUCUUUCAGGACUGAAAUGCCUUGAGGUGCCUUGGAACUGGCUUUGGAAAUAAGUAUCUGGCCCCUAGCUAUGGACUCAUCAGAGUUAUCCCAUUUAUAAAAAGGAAAAGCUGAUUGGAUCCAUAUUUCUCUGCAAGUCUCCUUCGGGAUGUUGGGCUGGUAAAUAUUUACAAGGUCAGCUAAAGCAAAAAGACAACUGAAAAAACUGGCCAGGUUCAAAAGGAUAGUCUCAGACCAUAGGAAUGGCUUGGUGCAGUUGACGGGUGAUGAAUCGAGAAAUUCUCCUUCUUAUGUCUUAAGGAUAGACAGCCUGUGUCUCUUGCUAAUUUCUUCCUGUAUUGAAACUUGCUGAUGCAUUUGUACAUAGCCUAUAUAUAGAGGUAUAGAGAUAUUAUAUAUACAAAUAUAAAACAUUUCACUUCACCCACCCCAAAAGUUACAUUGGUGGGGGGGGAGAGGUGUAAUCACUUCUCAAUGUUUUGAGUUGAUUCACCAAAGGCGAACUGUAGAAUGAAUGUUCUUAUUGUUCUUGUGCACUUGGAGGAGAAAACCCAACUACCUAUGCACGUUCUAGGUUUUAUGUGCUGUGUAGUGGUUGGAAGGGGAGAGAAACUUAAAUAGCUCUCUGCAACCUGACUGCUGGAUGUAUCUGCUUUGGGGCACGGAGUUGAGUUUCUUUUGCCAUUUGUCUUAUUCCUUGGCUCUUUUGGUGACAAUAAACAGACUGUCUUCCCCCGAACAUCCCUCAUGUGUGGCUUUAUCCAGGGGUGCAGUCAGGGUAGGUGGAACCUGGUCUGGACCUUGAUGUGGACCUCUUUUGCUCCUUUCCUGGUAACCCCAUUGCCAAUGCCAGAUCCCCACCGCCUGAGGCCUGCAAAGCUCUUGCCACACAAGGAUGAGGACAUCAUUUAUUCUUGCUGACAGAGCUUCCAUCCUUUUGAUGUCCUCAAGUCCCUGGGGACUUUACCGCGGUGGGUAACCAUCCACUUCUCAGAGCAUUCUUGAUUAUUUCUGGUAUGAAGGCAACCUUGCAAGCCUAACUGUCACAGAGACACUGCCUGUUGUCUCCAUGGACAGACAGGCCACCUCUCUCCUCCCUGUUUUUCAACAGUAUCUGAUUAGACAGACUUUUUCUUGCCUGCUCCAGCCUAGGGAAAAACAGGUAACAGUGGGUCAGAGUCUAUCCCUGUGUAACUUCAUGCAGGAAGGUGGCUGGUGGGAAGGGUCAGGUGACUCCUGUCCUGUUUCCAUACUGGUGAAUCCUAUUCAUGUGCUAUUGAAUCAGACCUAAGAAGUUCAGGACCAAAGGCACCACACCCCUAGUUAGGGGUUUCACUGUCCAGGACCUACCCUGCCCUUUUCUCUCCUGUGUUUCUCAUUUUUCCGUCUCUUUGUAUUUCUCUGUGUCUUACACACACACACACACACACACACCCCACACACACUCUUGCACAGGAGGCUUGCCAGACAAGAAAAGCCUCAAUUUGCUGAAUGGCAAGGACAUGUUAAGUAGUUGGUUCCUACUUUUCUCCUGGUUUCUUUCUCCUUUCUAUCUGCUCCCUGGGGACCCAGAGCUCUUCACCAGUGGUUAGUAGUUAGGAAUAUCCAGGUGGGUCCUGACAUUGGUAAUUUGAAGGCCUGCAAGGAUUAUAACUGCCCCUGAGAGAGAAGCCAGCUAGCACGUGGUAGCAUUACACAAAGGUGGCUGGUACUUAAAAGAACCAAAGUUCCCUUGGUUUAGGAAGAUAUCUGUCCCUGGGAGUCUCCAAGUCCUCCCAAAGAUGGGAUGUCAGGGAUGGUGCUUCUCUUCUUAAAGAUAGGGAAAUGGGGGCAAGAGAUGUGGUCUGGGCAGCAGAGGGCACCAGAAAUUCCAGCUGGUUCCUUCCGGGGUGGACACAGGUGCCUGAUGUCCAGCCAGGACAGCGGCA